AUGCUCCGAGCCAAGCGACAAAACACCCAGCCCUUGGAGGAUUCCUCCGUGGCACCGGAAACCUUCACCGAUGGCCUCCCACUUCCAAAGCUGAUCGCAUUCGAUCUGGACUAUACCCUCUGGCCUUUCUGGGUAGACACACAUGUCAGCGCCCCUGUAAAGGCGCGCGAUAACAACUCGCGCGCCGUGGACCGGUAUGAUCAAAUUCCCCAAUUGUUAGAUUUGCUGCGUAUGGGGGAGUCCUUCGCCUUUUACCCGGCGGUUUCCUCCAUAGUCUACGCUUGCAAGCACCGCGCAAUCCCACUGGCGCUUGCAUCCCGAACUCAGACCCCUGAUCUGGCGCGCGAUAUGCUCAAGUCCCUGCAUAUCAUCCCCACCUUCUCCGACAACCCCGCUGCCAACGCUAAGACCAUCCGUUCCCUGGACUACUUUGAUUUCAUUCAGAUAUUCCCCGGGAAUAAGACGUCUCAUUUUGCGAAGAUCCAUCAAGCGAGCAAUGUGGCUUAUGAAGAUAUGCUAUUCUUCGAUGACGAGGCCCGGAACCGGAAUGUUGAGACGGAGUUGGGGGUCUCGUUUUGCUUGGUGCGGGAUGGAAUGACGAGGGAGGAGGUCGACAGAGGCGUGAGAGCUUGGAGAAAGCGUAAAGGUAUCAGGAGAGACAUUACAGAGGAGUCAUAA